GCGCACCGGUCGCCGCUCAUCGACGCCCUCAAGGCGGGGGCCGGGCGCGAUCGCUUGAGCACCUUCGAGGCGUGCGCGCUCCUGGUGGGCGAGGCAGAGGCGCUGGGCGCGUGGGGCGUCCCCGAAGGCGCCGGGCACGCGGCCCAGCGGUGCCUGGAGCCCAUGGUCGCCGUGGUCCGGCGCGAGCUGGAGCGCGAGUACGGGCCGCGCGCCGAGGCCGAGGAGGCCGAACCGCACGGGCUCGACGACGCAGAGCUGGAGAGGUGGACAUCGGCUCUUCAAGAGGCUUCGCGCCAGGUGCCGCCCCCCGUGGGCGUGAAGCGCUGCUGCAUCUGCGGCGCGGCGCUGUCGUCCCCCGUGCGCAUGCGUGACCACCUGGAGGGCCGCCGGCACUGCGCGGCGGUGGCGGAGCGGCACCUCGGCUGCGCUCGGGCGGGAGGCGCGGGUGGCUCUUCGGGCAGCGGCGACGGGGCGGGCGGCGUGCCCGCGGAGGACGCCGAGGAUGCUUUCAAGAGGCACAGUUACCUGCCGAUGUCGCGCUGCACGCCAGAGCCCCCCGACGUCGCCCUGUCGUCCCUGUGUGCAGGCGCUCGCGGCCGCUCGCCGCGCCAUGAUCUGCUGGGCCCUGGCGCGGCGGGCGGCACGGUCACGAGCGCGCCCGUGCAGACGCGCGCGGUCCGCGUCGGCGGACUCGGGGCACUGCCCGGCAACGAGCAGAAGCACGCGACGCCUUCUUCCGCCCGAGUGUUUCCCCUCCUCAACCCGCGUGACCCGCGAUACGGCUUCAGACUCAUCGACUUCCUGCGGCGCCUGGCGGAGCGCGGGCUGGUUGAUGGACGUCGACGGCGGAAGGCCUGCGUCAGCACGUUCUUCGUGGCGAAGAAGAACGGCGACAUCCGCAUGGUGGUGGACGCGCGUCAGCCGAACCAGCUGCCCAAGCUCCCGCCUAGGACGGUGCUGGCCUCAGGAGAGGCUCUGGGGUCGAUCAACCUGCUCGCCGCCGACGACGCCUCCCACGAGCACCUGGCCGACUUUGACGGCUGCUUCGAGUCCCUCUGCGCGGGCUCAGUCGACCUCAUGGACGGCUUCUACCAGUUCGCCGACCCCUCGUGGGGGAGCUCGAUGUGCUUCGACGUCGAGGUCACCGCGGACGAGAUCGGCCUCGAUUCGAUCUUCGACGAGAAGCUGGGUCGGCGUGUGGCUGUGGCGCCGGACGAAGUCAUCUGGCCUUGCUUCGCGGCCCUGCCGAUGGGCUGGAGCUGGGCGCUCUGGAUCUGCCACGAGGUGCUCGUCGACGCGAUGGACGCGGCGGGGCUCUUGGGCGACGGCUGGUGUCUUGAUAAGGCCAGGGCCCCGACGCUCGUCGGGCGCUCGGUCGUCAGGGCCCCAUGCGUCGACAAAAGGAACCUGGUCUCGCUCGGCGCAACGGCGAUCGACGACUGGCUGGACAAGCUCACCGCCGAGCUGGACAGGCGAGGUCUGCGCUGGCACGAGCUGGAGAGAGCCCAGCCUGGGUUGGUCAUCCUCGGGAUGGUGCUGGACGGGCGCGAGGGGCGGCUCCGGCGCACUGCGAAGCGGGCCUGGCGGCUCUACCUGGCGCUGCACCACGUCCUACGUGGGGCGCCUGACGUGCUGGGCGAGCUCGCCACCGCGGCCGGGCUGGUCUUCCUUGGCGAGGUCGAUUUGUGCAGGGCGCCGUCGGACAUCACCUUCGCGACCGACAGCUCGAUGCGGGGCUGCGCCGACUGCGAGGCGCGCUUGGAGCCUCGGGAGAUCCUCGCCACCACCCGCUGGCGGGAGCGGCAGCGCUUCGUCGCCUCCGAGGUGGAGAUCGCCCCUCGCGACGAGCUGUAUGAGGGCCGUGCUGCAGGGCCCAGCGAUCCUUCGGAUCCGUUGCCUGUGGCCACCCUACCGCGCCUUCGACGCGCGGUGGCUCGGCGGCGUCGCGUCGAGCUCGAGAUCGGCGCCCCGCCGGAGCCGCUGGCAGAGGCGCUGCUGGACCCGAGUCGCUGGACGGAGCGCCGCCGCGGUGUUUGGCGGUGUCCAGGGCGGAUCCACGCCUUGGAGGCCCGAGCCGCGGUCGCCCCGCUCUGGCGCGCGGGAGGCGACGUCGCGUUCCACGGAACGGAGGUCCUCAGCCUGUGCGACAACAUGUCGUCGGUCCUCGCUUUCGACAAGGGCGGGGCCACAAACUUCGAGCUGCUCGCCCAAUAUUGGCGGGCUGCGGCGAUUUGCCUGGGCUGCGAGAUCCGCUGGCGGCACAGGCACGUGCCGGGCAUCUACAAUGUCGCGGACCACGGGAGCAGAGCGGCUGAUCUCGGCGAGCUCUGA